CCCGCCGGGCCAUUGCUGCUGCCUGGCGAUCUGCUAGAACGCCGAGAGCGCGGUGCAUAUAGAAAGGUCGAGGACCACGAGUAUAGAAUGAGCGUCAAUCCGGACCUGUACGACAGUAUCGUCUGCUUUGGCGACAGCCUGGUGCAGCAGGCAGAGGAAAAGGGCUUCGUGGCCAAGCUGCGAACGGCAUACGAACGCAAGCUCGACAUCAUCGGAAGGGGCUUCUCUGGAUACACGACUCGUCAAGCAAAGGUUCUCUUUCCGCUAGUCUUUACUGCAGCUUCGCAGCGCCGGCCGCCGAAGCUCGUCAUCAUCUGGUUUGGCACGAAUGACUCCAUAGAAGCAGGCAACCGCCAGCAUAUCCCCCUAGAAGAGACCCGGUCCAACCUCGCCUGGAUCCUCUCGCAACUCCACGCCUCGCCGGUCCUCCUCCUGACGCCUGGAACGGUGCUCGGAGGCGUAAACGAGGGACACAAGAACCCAGCAACCAAGCAGCCCUACAUUGAUGUCAUCAAGUCACUCGCUUCGCCCGCAGCAAGGGAUCUGCACGGACACCCCGACGUGUCGUUCGUCGACAUGCAACAGGCUUUCAUCAACAGCCCUGUGCCUCGAGACGAGCUUCUAGACGCAGACGGCCUUCAUAUCCAGCCAAAGGGCUACGUCGUCGUCUAUGAGGCAGUCAUGGGUGCCAUCAAGGACCGCUGGCCCCACCUCGACCCGUCAAAGCUUCCGUAUCUCUUCCCUCACUGGACCGAGCUCGACCUUGCCAAGGACGAGGCUGGCCAACGGGCUCAGCUAAAGCCAAGGCGAACGCGCAUGUAGACCAUGAGAUAGCGACAUUCGCUAUAAAUAUUUUCCAUCGUGUGUUCC